AUGGCCCACUCUCACUCCCACGAUGGUGGUAUCGGCCACUCCCACGAUGAUCCUUUCAACGGCCACGGCCACUCGCACGAGAUCCUGGACGGCCCCGGCUCGUAUGCCAACCGGGAGAUGCCGCUGAUCGAGGGUCGCGACUGGAAGGAUCGCGCUUUCACCGUUGGAAUUGGAGGCCCUGUUGGAUCCGGCAAGACUGCCCUGAUGCUGGCCUUGUGCAAUGCCCUGCGUGAUGAGUAUAACAUUGCCGCCGUCACCAACGACAUCUUCACCAGAGAAGACGCCGAAUUCCUCACCCGCCACAAAGCCCUCGCCCCGUCUCGCAUCCGUGCCAUCGAAACGGGCGGCUGCCCCCACGCUGCCGUCCGCGAAGAUAUCAGCGCCAACUUGCUCGCCCUCCAAACCCUGCAACGCCAAUUCAAAACCGACCUGCUCCUCAUCGAGUCCGGUGGUGACAACCUCGCUGCCAACUACUCGCGCGAGCUGGCCGAUUUCAUCAUCUACGUGAUCGACGUUGCGGGUGGGGACAAGGUUCCCCGGAAGGGAGGACCCGGCAUCACGGGCUCGGAUCUGUUGGUAGUGAACAAGAUUGACCUUGCCGAGGCGGUGGGUGCGGAUUUGGCUGUGAUGGAGAGGGAUGCGGCGAAGAUGAGGGAAGGGGGUCCGACUGUGUUUGCAGUUGUCAAGCACGGGAAGGGGAUGGAGCAUAUUGUGAAUUUGAUUAUUAGUGCGUGGAAGGGCAGUGGUGCUUACGAAGAGAGUUUGAAGAGGUGGAAGGAGGGUGCGCCCAAGGGAUCGGGGAGUGUGGACGAGUAG